AUGCAUAAGUGUCCCGUGCUCGUUUAUCUAGCUAUAUAAAGACGUUUACCAAACAUAAGGAUAAAGGUUCAUAUCGAGGGAAUAGCUUACACAGAUACAAUAUAUAUUUCAUUAUUGAAUAUUUACAAGAACAUUGUAUUUAAAAACAACAAUGGACCAAAAGUAUAUUACAGUCUGUGUAUUGGUUGUUCUCUUUGUGUCAUCUGUUCGAGGCGAUGCAGAGUCGGAAAAAAAUACAGAAUGGACUUCAGAUGAUGUUCGGUGUCUUGCAAAGAAAGUUGGCGUAUCAUUAGUAGUAGGGACAGGUGCAGUUGCUUUAGCACCAGUUGCACUUGGGGCAGCUGGCUUUGGCAGUGCUGGUAUAAUAGCUGGAUCAACGGCAGCUAAAAUAAUGACUGGAUUAGCAGCUUCUAAUGGUGUAGGUGUAGCAGCUGGAAGUUUGUUUGCCGCCUGUCAGUCUGCAGGAGCUGCUGGAUUGGCUGUUGGUACAAAACUUGCCAUUGGUACCUCAGUAGGUGGGAUAUUCGGCUAUUUUAGUGGAGGUUGUUCAGACAAUGACAUUGACUGUAAAAAUAAAUGAAGUCUAAUGACUAAAUUUAUUGUUUAAAUUGAAUCGAUAAAUUUUUUAGCUUGUACUUUCAGAAACCAAA